AUGAUGGUAAAAUCGUUGCACAAGGUGAUUCCAUUAACAUCACCAUCGGAAUCUGACCCUCUUAGUGUUAAUUCUCUUUCUAUAUAUGAAGGAAUUAGGAAUAGCAAUGGCUCAAUAGAGAGUAAUUGCGAAAAUGAAGAUGCUUCUGGAUCUGCUAUAGAUGGAACUAUCUCUACCGAUACUUGUAACGUGGAUACAAAUAGAGAUCGGUCAUAUGAACAGUUGAAUACAAAUCAAAUAUCCCCGGGAAUCUUACAUUCUACACCCAUUCUGAAUUCUUCUAGCAUUCCAGUUUCGUCGCGUGCUAUUCAUGUUUCUAGAAUGCAACCAAAAAAUAAUAAAAGAGUUACAGAUAUUAGACAUACAACAACAUUUAUAGAGAAAAUUUCCCACUUGGGUGACGAACCUGCUUCAACAUUCACCGUUAUUUUACCUCCUUCUCCAGAGAAUUUAUCAGAUGAUGAAUUACAAGAUCUUUUUGUGAGAUCAACGUCUCACCAAGACAGGGAACACAUAGAAGAUUCUAUAAUUUUACUUUUAAGAGUCAUUGUAUCCAGAGUUAACAAAUUUGUAGGGGAAUGUAACUCCAAACUUAAAUCAGCAGAUAUAGAUCCCCAAACCACGAAAGCAGAGUACGAAAAGCAAUAUAGAGCAUUUGAAAAAUAUAUACUUGACUUUGAUAUUGAUUAUGAAAGAAGUAUUAUGAAAAGGAGUAGACAACUUCGCGAUAGUGAGCUGCCGACCAUAAUUCGAAACGCAUUUGAGUAUAAUAUAUCUGAAUUAAAUAUAGAGCAUGCAAAUUCCAUAGGAUUUCCCGUUGCAUACGAGGGCUGUUUGCCUCUUUUACGACUUUUAUAUGAGCAUUUGUUCCUAGCUAAAAGCAGUUUUACUUCGAAAAUUCAGGCACGAACGGGUCUAAAUGUCCUGCUGGAGUUGAAUGAUACGGUAGAUAAAAUGAUUUCGCAGUUGUUAGCAAAAGAAUUUCAGAUACGGGAUAGAUAUGAUGAAGCUGUAGAAACCCUAUACAUUGCCAUUAAUCAAACAUACAACACAGUCCUUCCAAAAGCAAGGAUCCUAUACAACAGAAGAAGGGCUCUAGAUCUUUUUAAGGAGGUAGAAUGUGAAUAUACCACAGAACAAGUUAGAAAUGACGGAACAAAAUACUUGGAAUCCGUAUUGGAACUUCCUGUCUUUAUUGAGGGAGUCUAUUAGUCAAUACUUACAUGAGAACUUGAACCUUAUAUCCAGUAAAUUUACAAAAAACUGAUAGACUGCUUUAGUAACUUGAAUUAUUCCUCAUUUUCGAACCGACAAAUUCCCAUACUUACGUCAUAUGCCUCCAAAGCCCAUAUUAAGGAUAAUAUUGACGUAAACUCUCCUAAUCAUGCAAAAGAACGGCAAAAUUCUUUGUCUGUAAAUGAAAGUGGUAUAUAUGCAAACCAAAUUCCUUUUCCUCCAUCCCAAGAUACAAAUUCUAUGGAACAUAGAAAGCUGCGCCUACACAAUUGCUUUUUCACUCAACCAUUUAUUUUUGUAUUUUUAUUCCU